ACUUAUUUCCGGUGUUCUGUCGAAACGGCCCCAACUAGGAAAUGUUUUUGAGAACUUGAUAUAGCUAGCAGAAGUGGAAUAGGAAGUAUAAGAAUAUGAAGUAUCGCAAGAAGCGAGAUCAGCGUGUUUUGAGAGAAAAAGAUGGCGGAAGCAGAUGAUGAAGUGGAUUCUGAAUCUAAUGGCGGUAGAAUCAGGGAGAAUUGGAAUAUUGUCCAAAAUAAUGGAAACGGAGAAAAGUAGUAUACAAUGAUGAGAAUGUCACCUUGUAUCUUGUAGGAUUGUACGGAUUAUUAAUGAGGAGCAGCUGAUCGAAUGAGCCUGAGAUGGGAGAUAUGGAUAUUUUUUGGGGGGGGGGGGUUAAGUUAGUAAUGAAUCUGAUUUUUUUUUUUUUACCCUGUUUUGGUUUCAACCCGUCCAGUUGGUGGCGGCAAAAUACAUGUUUUGGUUGUAGUCUGUCAUAAAACCCACAGAAGAAGAAGACGAAGAAGUAUACGCCAUUACGUGAGAAAUGAAUUAAGCGUCAUCCUUUCGGCUGCAACUUUGAUCCUAAAGCAGUGCGCGGCAUUUGUUUUUUCCCCCCUCUCUAGCUUUAACUAUACAAACUGUUGAAGUCUAUAACAAUGGCGCGAAGCAUACCUUUCUGCACAGUUCCCACUUGUCUGCUCCUUAUCACCGGACUGUGUUAUCGAGUAGUUGCCGACGGGCUGGUGAACGAGGAGGUGAAACGAACAGUGGACCUGAGCACGCACAUUGCUAAGAUAACAGCAGAGAUUCUUCUGUUAAACCAGGGAGACUCGGCGGUACAUAGCUUUAUAUUGGCAGUAGAGCCCGGAUUGGCCCCCAACCUUGCGUACGUCGGGGCAUCGGUGAAGGGUGAUGAAGAGGAGGAUGGGAUACUUGAGCUCAAGCAGACAAUGAUCCAAGGCCAAAGUGGGGAGUUCUACAAGGUGCAGUUACCCUCCAGUCUGGCCGUUGGCGCAAAGCUGCGAGUGAAGGUGGAGACGGUCCUGAGCCACAUUCUGAGGCCCUUUCCCACCCACAUCACCCAGGCUGAGCGUCAGCUGGUGGUGUUCCAGGGCAACCACUACCUGUACUCUCCAUACCCCACCCGCAGCCAGACCACCCAUGUCCGCCUUGCCUCUAAGACGGUGGAGAGCUACACCAAGCUGGGCAACCCCAGCAAGAGUGAUGAGGCCAUUGAGUACGGCCCCUUCCGUGAUGUCGCCCCAUUCAGUGAGGAUGCCCUGAAGGUCCAUUACGAGAACAACACCCCCUUCCUCACUAUUAGCAGCAUCACCCGCAUCAUUGAAGUUUCUCAUUGGGGAAACAUUGCUGUGGAAGAGACAAUUGACAUGAGGCACACAGGGGCAUUCCUGAAAGGGCCUUUCUCCCGUUAUGACUACCAGCGUCAGUCUGACAGUGGCAUCUCAUCAGUCAAGUCCUUUAAGACCAUCCUUCCUGCCUCAGCCCAGGAUGUGUACUACCGGGAUGAGAUCGGCAACAUCUCCACCUCCCACCUCCAGAUUCUGGAAGACUCUGUGGAGGUGGAGGUUAGGCCCCGAUUCCCCCUGUUUGGUGGCUGGAAAACCCACUACAUUAUCGGCUACAAUCUGCCCAGCUACGAGUACCUCUACACCCUGGGGGAUGAGUACGCUCUGAAGAUGAGGCUGGUUGACCAUGUAUAUGAUGACCAGGUCAUCGACUCCCUCACUGUUAAACUCAUACUGCCAGAAGGCGCCAGGAACAUCCAUGUGGAAACCCCCUACCCCAUUGACCGUAUUCCAGACCAGCUGCACUACACUUACCUAGACACCUUUGGCCGCCCCGUGCUGGUGGCGUCUAAAAACAACCUGGUGGAGCAGCACAUCCAGGACGUAGUGGUGCAUUAUACCUUCAAUAAGGUCCUGAUGCUGCAGGAGCCCCUGUUGGUGGUGGGGGCAUUCUACAUACUCUUCUUCACUGUCAUCAUCUAUGUGCGCCUGGACUUCUCCAUCACUAAGGACCCUGCUGCAGAGGUUCGUAUGAAGGUGUCCUCCAUCACAGAGCAGGUCCUGACCCUGGUCAACAAGCGUUUAGGGCUGUACCGCCACAUGGACGAGGUUGUGAAUCGCUAUAAGCAAUCUCGAGACACAGGGGCCCUGAACAGCGGCCGCAAGAUCCUGGAGGCAGACCACCGCACCCUCACCAACGACAUCAGCUCCCUGCAGGCCCGCCUCAAAGCAGAGGGCUCCGACCUUGCAGAUAAGGUGGGUGAGGUGCAGAAGCUGGACGGCCAGUUGAAGGAGCUGGUGUGUCGCUCUUGGCAGGAGGCUGAGCGCCUGGUGGCAGGCAAGGUUAAGAAGGAGGCCUACAUCGACAACGAGAAGACCCUCUCUAGCAAGAGACUGGAGCUGGUGACCCGCAUCGACAAUCUGCUGGACACCCUGUAAACACCACUAUACACAUGUCAGUGUACAAAAAACACACAUGUGCUGCCCCAACUACACAUCUGUUGAUCCAGCCCUGCAGUUAUUAUAACAUAUUUACCUUUGCUCAUUGUCCAUCCCACUUACAAAGUACACACACUAAAGGAACCUGUAGGUGCAUGCCAACACUCAUGCCUUUGUGCCUCGCAAGAAACACAACAGUGUUAUGCUUAACACCACAGGGAAGGCUUGCAUCACACCUUACAUGGCAGUCUAAGUUAAAUUGUGUGGAAGAGCUCUGUUGUUCCUAAAUGCAGAAUUUAACUGUUUAAAUUUGGAAUGCUUUUUUGUGUUUUUUAACCUUUUUUUGAAUGGUGAUAAAUAUAUAUUUUUGUGUUACUCUUACGGGUUUUCAUGUCACAUCUGUCCUGUGUCUAUACUCCCUUGAGUCCCUCCAACCUGUGCUCUCUUACGGGUGGAGUAGUAAUCAGUGCCCCUGAAAUAAGGGAUCCCUUGUGAGUCAAACAGUCUCUAAAUGUCUUUGUCAUAUUCUUUGCACUUACAGACUAUUGUUACUUCCCCUGGCUGUUAUAUUUGAACAAAGUUGAAGCUCUGAAAUGGUGUGGACCCCAAUCCAAAGGGUUACCAUCUUCAUGUUAAGUUUCUCAUUGUCCCUCUAAUAUUUUAUAACAUUUUGUAUAAUUUGUCUUUGUAACGGAAUAUUUAGUUUGAUAUGAGAUUAGGCCGUGUGUGUGGGGAAUAGCAUGGGGCAGUCAAAGACGUUGCGUGAUAAUGUAUGUGAACCUGUAUCGCCAGUAAAUGAACCACGUUUGAAA